AUGACCGACAGUCGGCGUCUAGCGCUGGAGCGAUGGCGUGAAGACAGACGUCGUCAGAAGGAGGGACACGUGCAGACGACGGUCAAGCUCGCUGGCUCCGUGCGUCGGGUCGUCACUCACCGUCUUGCUCGAGACCCGCCAGUGCGUGCGCGCGUAACCCCUAAACAGCGCGAGAGACCGUCACCCGUUACGUUGUCAAUCGACCGUCGAGUGUCGCAGGUAUCGGUCCCAUUGGAGCCAAUCGAAGAGCAGGGGAAGCUGCUGUACAAGACGCCAGCAAAAGCGAGGAGCGAUACGGGAGCGGAGACGGACGUCGCCACGUCGGCAGCGUCCGCAGACAGCGUCGAGAGUGGAUCUUUCUUUGGUGUCAAGAAGAGACGCAGACGACGGAGCUACAUCUCCCCAAGCUCCAAUGCACCGUCGUUGGCUGGUGGAGCUCAGCGAGUGUUGACGCCUACAAGACAGUUAUUGGAACAGGAGAGUGAUGACGACGAAGAUGGAGGCAUGGAUGAAGACAUGGAGGAGCAGACGCUGGAAGUUGUGCCGGGACCGCGACGGGUCAGUGUGCUGGCACAAGAGAAGAUGAGUGGCGACGGUGCGGAGCCCGCAACGCCGUACAAGAUGGUACAGGACGACGAGGACGGGCACUCGACAUCUAGGGAGACGGUUUCGCUCGGUAGUAUUAGCAUGGCACUUCAUUCAACGAAUGCUGGUUUUAAAAAGGAGGACGACAUUAAGAGGGAAGCUGGGUCGACACUGCAGCAGUUCUCGUUGCAUCCUGCGCUUCAGAUAGAAGGGGAGCUACAGCAACCUCUACCAGUGCGAAUGAAAACCGUGGAUGACGAUGAGAGUGUAAGCAUAAAAGUGAAGAGCUCAACGCCUGAACAAAAGCUGCCCCUUUUCGACCGUGCUCCGUCGAAUUCAGCACAGAUAUCUACGAGGACCAGCAUUGACCCGAAAACAUGUCGUCGAAGUUUAUCUGGUCGUGCAUCACUUGACGAUUCAAAACCUGUGAGAUCACUGAGCGAGCGGAUGGAAGGGAAUCCGAAAUGGGAAAUGGACGACUUUUUCGUGACACGGAAUUUGGGUCAAGGCAAGUUUGGGAAUGUGUAUUUGGCCAAGGAGAAGUGCUCGAACAUUUCUGUUGCUCUCAAGGUCCUAUUCAAGUCACCAUUAACACGUGACGGAGGUGCAAAUAAUUUAAAGCGCGAGAUCGAGAUUCAAGUGCGGCUCUGCCACCCCAAUAUUUUGCGAAUGCAUGGAUACUUUUACGACGAUUCUUGCGUAUACAUGGUGCUCGAGUACGCGCCUUAUGGAGAACUUUACAAAGAGUUAGCGAAAGAAAAGUAUUUUGCAGACGCUGUGGCUGCCCAUUACGUGGCCCAGGUGGUGGAAGCUUUGAAGUACUGCCAUAGCUGCAACGUGAUUCACCGGGAUAUCAAGCCAGAGAAUCUGCUGUUAGGGUAUAAUAGAACCGUCAAGCUUGCUGAUUUUGGGUGGUCAGUGCACGCGCCGACACCGUAUAAUUUUCGGAAGACGUUCUGCGGAACCCCAGAUUACCUGAGCCCCGAAAUGUUAAUGGGGGAGCCUUACGACUAUCGGACAGACUGUUGGAGUCUGGGCGUGCUUACCUACGAGCUGCUAGUAGGUUCAACGCCGUUCUACUGCGUAAAUCAAAUGGAGAUGUAUAAGCGAAUCGAACUCGUCGACUAUCAGUUUCCACCGAGGCCUCUGGUUUCCGAUUGCGCCAAGAGCUUUAUAGCUGGAUUACUGAAACGGAAGCCAUGCGAGCGAAUGAAAUUGGAAGAUGCGUCCAGACACUCGUGGAUCCAGAGGCCCCACUCGACGUAA